AACAACAAAAUGUAAAAACAUAUACAAUUGACUUUGACUUUUUGAAGAGUAAAAUGACAGCAACAAGUAUUCUUAAUGUUUUGGAUCAAUACCAGAGGGCCAGGAUAGAAUUUGCCCAGACAGUCAAUGAUUUGUCCUCGAGAGCACAAAACGCUGAGUAUUUAGUUAAAGGCAAUGCCAUAGAUUUACUCAAGCCCCUUUUGGCAGAUCCUGUACCAAGCGUUCAGAACAAUUCUGCAUUGGCUUUAGCAAGGCUUUCAAGUCAUAACAGUCAAAUUGCAAGUACUGUUGUUCAAAACGGAGUUUUAGCUUUGGUUGUUAACAAUCUGGACAAGAAAACAAGCUAUUAUAAAAAGUCUGCAAUGUUGUGCCUCAAGAAUGUGGGAAAGCACAAUUUCGACUUGGCAGAGAGUGUUGUUCAGAGUGGAGGUCUCGAUGCGAUAAAGCUUUGCUUGGAAAGUUUUGACAGCAGUAUCAAAGAAGCUGCUGCCUGCACUGCGGCUAGCAUAGCUUGUCACAAUGCGGAGUUGGCACGGACUGUAGAUAGAGCAGGGCUGGUGCCAAUGUUGGUGUUGUGCCUACAGGAUCCUCAGUUGUGUUUGAAACAGAACGCGUGUCUCGCAUUGUGUGAGAUAACCAAACACUCGGUGGAUCUGGCACAAAGUGUGCUGGAUGCACACGCGACCCCAGUGUUGGUCAAACUAGCCUCCUCUCACAGCACCAAGGUAAAGACGCAAGUAUACAAAACACUCGGACACAUCUGCAAACACUCCGUCGAGCUUUCAGAAUCAAUCGUGGGAGCUGAAAUCCUUCCCCAGGCGAUGCUGGACAUGGCUCAUCCAGACCAGACGGUCAAACGAAGUGCAACCAUCUUGAUUCGAGACAUUGUCAAGCACAACGCUCAGUUCGCCCAGCUCGUCGUCAACUCUGGAGGGGUGGCGUUGCUAAUCGAUCAUUUGGCUGAAGAAGGUGGUACUUCUGUCUUGCCUGCUGUAGUGACGUUGGGAUACAUCGCUGCUCACUCAGAGAAAUUCUCUCUCGCUCUCAUCGCGUCGAAUGUAGUGCCCAGACUAGCAAAAAUAUUAGAAGAGGAGGCAGAAGACCACAUAUUAGCGGCGACUGUGUGGACACUAGGACAUCUCGGUAGACAUUCUCCAGAGCACGUCAGACAUCUGGCUGAGACUCACGUCUUCACGAGACUCGUUGAGAUUCUUGUAAACCCAAAUUCAUCUGAGGAUCUCAAAGGCAAGUGUAAAGCGACAUUGAGGUUCACACUUCAAAAAUGUACAGAUACCAACGAGCUGGAACCGUUGCUGCACUCGGCACCUCCGGAUAUUAUUAAGCAUGUUCUCGGACAGUUCAGUAAGAUUUUGCCAACCGAUGCGAAAGCGAGAAGACUGUUUGCCGCUAGUGGAAGUUUAAGGAGGAUACAAGAAAUUCAAGCUGAACCUGGUUCAACUUUGAUGGAGUACAUUACGACUAUCAACAGCUGUUAUCCAGAAGAGAUAAUCCGAUACUAUACACCCAACUACCCCGACGCCCUUCUAGAACAACUGGACUCGUACAUGCCUAGAGUACCUAGUUUGCUCAGCGUCAGAAAGAACACUCAAGUUGAUGCAGCAGAAGCUACAGAUUCGGCUCCUCAAGACACUGACUGUGAGUGCUGAGUUACCCUGAAAUACCUCUUUAAAUACUCGUCUUUGUGUCAUAAAUAAAGAGUAAACUGGCCCAUCUCAAGAAAUUUUUCAACUAGAAAAGAUAUAGAGGUACAUUUGAAUAAAUUACUUGUAUGGUGAAUUGUCAAACAAAUAUUUUUACACAAGCCUUAGAAUUUUUAAAUUGGUAAUUUUUUUAUAAGCUAAACAAAUAA